AUGUUGGGACGCAAGAUACGUCCCAAGGCCGAGAAGGCCAAAGAAGGCCUCCGGCAGCUUUGGAAAAAGCUCCCAACCAGCUUCACCAAGAGUGAAGAGAAGGCUGCCACCACACCAUCCGGGUCCGAAGAGACCACUGAGAAUGAAGUCCCAGCAGUAUCAGUAGUAACUGAGACUGUGAUCCCCAAGACAGCAGCCGGACUUCGCAUCACAGUGACAGCUCGGUUCGAGCUUCCCGUGGACUACACUAAUAGCCACACCUACCAGACCUCGCCCGAGUUCGUGGGUUCGGACAAGAUCUGCAACGCGCUGGUCAACCGUAUCCAGCAUUGUGCCAACGAGCUCAUCACAAGACACGACCCGGAUGCGGCCCAGCCUCUCUUGAGCUCCCCCCCUCAUAUCAAGGAUGCCCGUUACCAUCUGAUCUUCCAGGUCGAGCGUGAUGGCCAGCCUUGGGGCCAGCAGUACUUCGCCUGCUUCCAGAAACAGCCCAUGGACGCCGCGGCGGCGCGUAAGGUCAUCUACGGAACCGAUAGGAUAAUUUCCCUCUUUCUCCAACGCCACGACCCUGGCUUCCACUGGGAACUUCCUCCUGUUGUGAGCGAGGAACAGAUACCUCACAAGACAUACAAGCCCGUCAUCGGAUGCGCUCAGCCACUGGACUGCAUUCCCAACUAUAGCGGGAUGCCGGGAUACACCAUUGAACUUUCCCUCAAGACCCAACACCGCGGCCACGCACGGAACUGGGCGAAGAAUAUCGAGAGUCGACAGAACUCACCGCUCACCCUGCACUCCGGAGAAAGCCUGAUGGCCAAGGUCCAGGACACGAUCCAACGCGCCUUUGAAGGCCGGGAGACGGCGUACGACGAGGCCCAUUUCGGCUGCAAUGGCCUGGAGGGGACCGGUGGCUGCCAGCAUUAUGAGGAAGACGCAUUUGGACUCGAGGUCAAGCUUCGAAACAACAUUGGACCGGAGUUUUCCCACUUCAACUUCAAGAUUCAGACAUUCCAACUUCUCUUCACCCAAGACCAGACCGUCGAUUUCGACGAGUUUGUGGAGCUGAUCGAGGGGAAUGUAGAGGAUCUCCGAGACGAAGCCGACGCCGGAAUCGGGAGUCUGGAUGACCUGAGGGUACAGAUACAGUAUCUAUCAUGCAAAGACUGGUCCAUGGAGAGAGCCUUGGCAGUAUCUCUUGAUUGCUCCAUCACAGAGUGUCGGACGACAAUCGAAGCCGUCCUGGAGCGAGUUCAAGCUGGCUUGACGAAGACACUGCAGGGUCAAGGUUUCUCGGCUGCCGUCACUGCGCACAAGCGAGGACACCUUGUCUUGGAUACCUUUAUCCCAGGCAUCGAACCGGAAACGACUGCUGCCGUUCAGAGCACCAACCAAGCCCAGACAGAAGCAGAGAACCGACUGGCAAUCCUGAAGCUGCUUCGGGAACGGAUCGGCCAAGACAUAACUGCCGUGUGCAAGGACACCUGCAGCCUCGGCGAAGUAGGGUUCAUGAUAAACCUGAAGAUAACGCCCGGUUGCGACGAGGACAACCUGUCCAAGUACUCUACCACGCCCCCCGUGUCAAUCUGCCUCUCGCAACGCAAGAUUGUGAAGAAGGCCAGGCAGGAGAACCUCCGCGUCGACUCCCCCGAGCCCUCCACCACCUCCGAGAAUGAGGCACAGCUCACCUCUCCCGAGAAUGAGGAACAGCUCAACAUAACGCAAGACUACGACUGCAUGGAAGGCAUGGUCUCGGCCAAGGGCGACGCCUCGCCCGCUUCGACACCGAGCCUGGCAGAUAUCGAUAGCGCCCAACAGACUGAUGGUGUCGCUACCCCGUCGUCCGCCCGCAAGCCGUCUGCUACAGAUCAAUGGGGGACGAACCCCAAAGGCGCGCGAGGAAGGACCUUUUCAAAGUCCACGCGCGGAUCGAGCAUGUCAGAUACUUACACCGAGGAACCUUCUGUCAUCCACCAUUCCGCACACCUCGGUGAUGCAACCCUCCGACUCAUCGAAAACCUAGACGAAGAAGAGACAGAUGUACCCUCGACAGAUGUCCCCUCGACAGAUGUCCCCUCGACAGAUGUCCCCUCGACAGAUGUCCCCUCGACAGUUGUCCCCUCGACAUAUGAGAUUCCACGAGAAGUUAGCUCCACAUCAGACGAUUCUGCCACCAAAGUCCUCAUUCCUGAAGAACAGAAGCUCGAGAUCGUGCUGCAAGAGGAGAUAUACACACGUCCUAAGUCGCCAGAGGAAACAGCGGUGCAAGAGAGCUCCGAAGAGCAGCUCGAUAUCGUACUGCAAGAGGAGAUCUACGAACGUCCUAAGUCGCCAGAGGAAACAGCGGUGCAAGAGAGCUCCGAAGAGCAGCUCGAUAUCGUACUGCAAGAGGAGAUCUACGAACGUCCCAAGUCGCCAGAGGAAACGUUGGUGCAAGAGAGUGCCAAAGAGCAGCUCGAGAUCGUGCUGCAAGAGGAGAUCUACGAACGUCCCAAAUCGCCAGAGGAAACAACGGUGCAAGAUAGUGCCGAAAAGCAGCAGCCCGAUAUACCCGUGCAUGAGACGCAAGAGCAUGAGACGCAACAGCUUGAGACGCAACGGCUUGAGACGCAACAGCUUGAGAUGCAAGAGCAUGGGACGCAACAGCUUGAGAUGCAAGAGCAUGGGACGCAACAGCUUGGGACGCAACAGCUUGAGACGCAACAGAUUGAGAUGCAACAGCUUGAGACGCAACAGUGUGAGACGCAAGAGCUUGAGACGCAACAACUUGAGACGCAAGAGCAUGAGACUCAAGAGCAUGAGAUGCAUGAGACUCAAGAGCACGAGACUCGAGAGCAUGAGAUGCAUGAGACGCAAGAGCUUGAGAUGCUAGAAGGCCAAACGGCAGUAUCAGUCACUCCCGACUGCAGCAGCGUCAGCUCAGAUGGCCCUUAUACCACGGAUGCACCAACCCAAGUCACAACAAUAACAACCAUAACCCCAGUUGUCCCGAGAAAGUCAAGCAAACGACACGGCGACCCCAACACCGACCGGGAGUCAUUCCGCCUCUCUCAAGAUUUCGGAAACCAGCUCCGCAUCUUCAGCUUGUCGGGUACCCUGGGUGGUCUCCCCCCAGCGUGCACUAAGAUUCACGCGGAGGGACACAUCCCCCGCAGCCAGGUGUCCUCAAUCUUUAUACCGAGCGUAUCAGAAUGA